AUGGGUACAUCCGGUAUAGCCAAGUUCUCCUUCCCCUUCGCCACCCAUGAGGCGACGAGCGACUACCACACCGCCACGGCGCCACCCACGAGGGCUGAGGCGACGAGCGACAACCACACCGACCAGCGACGACCACACCACCUCCAUGCCUUGUCCUGUACUCCUGUGUCACUUUGUUCGCCGUGGCCGCUAGCUGCAAGCUCCACCGGAAGUAUCACAGUCCCAACUCCCAAGUUCCCAACAAUCGUUAUAAGUGACCAAAUGGAGAUUCAUCAACCAUCAUCAUCAGCCGCCAUCAUAAUGUCUUCGUCCGCUCCUCCUGUGAAGAAAACCAGAAAAAAUGCUCCUGGUGCCCGUUUGGAUCCAACAUGGAAACAUGGCAAGGAAAUCGAUGCUGCAGCAAAGAAGGCUCAAUGUAAGUAUUGUAAUGUCAUUCGUGCUGGAGGGAUUUAUCGGUUAAAGCACCACUUGGCUUGCACACGUAAAGAUGUUGAACCAUGUCCUCAAGUCUCAGAUGAGGUUAGGAAAGAAAUGCUUGAGUUGAUAAGAUGUAAGAGUGAAGAUUCUUCAAAAAGAAUUAAAAGAAAGUUUAGUUCUUCAUUGGAAUCAAUAGAUGGAGAUGAAGUUGAACAAUUUGGUUCCAUGGAUGAAUUUGUUACUAAAAAAACAGGGGAAUUGAAGGGAAAACAAACAACUCUAAAUGGGAAGUGGAAAAAACAUGAGAGGAAUGAAGUUUGUCAAACUAUAGCUCGAUGGUUUUAUACCAGUGAUAUUCCAUUUAAUGCAGUGAAUAAUCCUUUCUUUUCUAAAAUGGUUGAACAGAUAGGAGAAUUUGGGAGGGGAUUGAAACUACCUUCAUAUUAUGAGGUAAGAGACACCUUUUUGAAGAGAGAAGUGGUUGAAACCUUGAAUGUUAUUCAAAAAUAUAAGGAAGAAUGGUCAAAAACUGGUUGCACUAUUAUGUCAGAUGGCUGGACUGAUCAAAGAAAGAGAACAAUGUGUAAUUUUCUUGUUAAUAGUCCAUCUGGAACUGUGUUCUUAAGUUCAGUAGAAACAAUUGAUAUUUCAAAAACUGCUGAUAAAAUAUUUGAAAUGUUGGAUGAUGUUGUUGAAAAGGUAGGAGAGGAAAAUGUUGUGCAAAUUGUUUCAGAUAAUGCUGCUAAUUAUAAAGCAGCUGGGAAAUUGUUAAUGGAGAAAAGAAAAAUUUUGUUUUGGACUCCUUGUGCUGCCCACUGCUUGGAUUUGAUGUUAGAGGAUUUUAACAAGCAUGAUCCAAUGCAAAAGGAAACAAUAGCAAGGGCUAAAUUAGUGGUCUCCUAUAUUUACUCUUGGGGUACAGUUGUUAAUUGGAUGAAAGAGUUCACAAAAGGCAAGGAGUUGGUUCUGAGAAUGGUUGAUUCUGAUGAUAAGCCUGCUAUGGGUUUUCUCUACAAAGCAAUAGAACAUACAAAAGAGGAGAUUAAGGCAAAUUUAAGGAGUGCUAAAAAGAGAUAUGAGCCCGUUUAUGCUGUUAUUGAUAAGAGAUGGGAAAGCAUGCUUAGUCAGCCAUUACAUGCUGCAGGCUAUUUUUUGAAUCCUCAAUAUCAUUAUAGUCAAACUUUUCAAAUAGAUGUGAAUGUCAAACGUGGACUUUAUGAAUGUAUGGCCAGAAUUGUUCCUAAUGUUACUGAUCAAGAUAAAAUUGACCAACAAUUGGACAGAUUCAGAAUGGCAAAAGGAUUAUUUGGCAUUGAAAAUGCUAUUCGAUCAAGGAACACAAAAUCACCAGGGGAUGAUUGUCCAGAGUUACAAAGAUUUGCUAUUAGAGUUUUAAGUUUGACAUGUAGCUCUUCAGGAUGUGAACAGAAUUGGAGUACAUUUGAAAUGGUACAUUCAAAAAGGAGGAACCGUUUAGCCCAAAAAAGGAUGAAUGAUUUGGUUUUUGUGAUGUAUAACUUUGCAGCAAAAGGCGAAACCCUCGCCCCCAGGGCCCCCUCCGACCGGACCCACGGUCAUUGUGAGGGAGAUGAGGAGGAAAAUGAUGAGGUUAAAGUCAUUGCAUCACAUAUAAUGAGGACUAUUGACGAAACACCUAGUGAAUCUCGUGGAAAGAGAAAACAAGUCAAUCAAAUGCACAACUUUCACUUGGUUAAUGAAGAAGAGAAUGAAGAUGGUUUAAAUGUGAUCAAUGAAGAUGUUGUUCAAAUACCAAAAGUGGAUGAAUCUGUUAAAAUUGUUAGCCACAAUGAAGAUUAUGGAUUUGGUGAUAAUUGCUAUGGAUUUGAGAAUGACUUCUAA